GGGGAGGGUGGGGGGUGCCUGGCGGCCCAACAAGCACCUGCUGCUGGUGCCGGCCCCGCCGAGGGCUCUUUCUUGGGCUGGCGGUGAAGCGAAGCGCCCGCGCGUCUGUCGGAAAAGCGGUGGCGCAAUCCGGAGAAGCUGCGGCAACGAGGCUCCGGGCAUCGCGACGGUGGAAGAAGGGAGCUUGAGCGAGGGCAUCGCAGGCUUGGCAGCGUGGAUGAAAGUUUGGUCCGAAUUCCGUGCAGGGGACGCCAACCGUCAUGUUAAGAUAAAGCAGAAAGGUGCAGUGCUGAACAUGCUAAAGAGGCUGGACAAAAUAAGGUUCAGAGGACAUAAGAGAGAUGAGUUCCCGGACUUAGCAGAAUCUCCCAAUGCUUCAGAUACCGAAUGUGGAGAUGAAAUCCCUAUGAAAAUACCUCGUACAUCAGGCUACGAUGAACUGAGAGACCCUGCUGGUCCUGGGACUGUCAUCAUGGCGACAGGAGUUCCCGAUUACAACAGAACAGAGUCUGACAGAUUAAAUGAGAUCAAAGGCCACUUGGAAAUUGCCUUGCUGGAAAAGCACUUUCUCCAGGAGGAGCUAAGAAAGCUGAGAGAAGAAACCAAUGCUGAAACGCUUAAACAAGAGUUAGAAAAAGAACGCUUGAGGAGGAUAGAACUGGAACAAAAAGUCAGUGAAAUUCUAAAAGCAAGAGCAGACGAAUCACCUCCAUCUACCCAGCAGCCCCCCAAAGCACAGAAUGGAACAGAUAAACGCAGCCACAUGGUGUGUUCAAGAGUUCAGAAGUGGAUUUAUGAUAAAUUUGGAGAAUAUAUUGAGGACUUUAGAUUUCAGCCAGAAGAAAACACAGUGGAAACAGAAGAGCCGCUCAGUGCAAGACGGCUAACAGAAAAUAUGAGAAGACUAAAGAGAGGUGCCAAACCUGUUACAAAUUUUGUGAAGAAUCUUUCUGCCUUAUCCGACUGGUUUUCUGUCUACACUUCUGCUAUUGCCUUUAUUAUGUACAUGAAUGCUGUAUGGCAUGGCUGGGCCAUUCCUAUGUUCUUAUUUUUAGCAAUUUUGAGGUUGUCCCUAAAUUACCUCAUAGCCAGAGGGUGGAGGAUACAAUGGAGCAUUGUGCCUGAAGUUUCUGAGCCUAUUGAACCUCCCAAAGAAGACUUAACCGUGUCAGAAAAGUUCCAGCUUGUUCUGGAUGUGGCACAAAAAGCACAGAAUUUAUUUGGCAAAAUGUCAGAUAUACUGGAAAAAAUUAAAAAUUUGUUCAUGUGGGUCCAGCCUGAAGUAACGCAGAAACUAUAUAUUGUUUUAUGGGCAGCUUUUAUUGCAUCCUGCUGCAUUCCUUACCGGAUCAUUGGGCUUUCAAUAGGACUUUAUGCAGGAAUUAAAUUUUUUCUGAUUGAUUUUGUCUUCAAACGGUGUCCAAGACUACGGGCAAAGUAUGAUACUCCUUAUAUCAUAUGGUUGAACUUGCCUACGGAUCCUCAACUCAAAGAAAGGGCUAAUGCUACAGUAUCAAGACGGCCUCAAACAACUGCAUCCCGAAGCUAUGUAGGUUCAAACACCUCAACAGGAGUGAGUCGGGAUGAGGAAACCAGCCGCUUUCACAAUACCAAGAGAGGAAACUUCCAUGAAGUAUUUAAUUUGUCAGAACAUGAGCGUCCAUUGGCAGUGUGUGAAAAUGGCUGGCGCUGCUGCUUGAUAAACAGAGAUAGGAAGAUAACCACUGAUUACAUCAGGAAUGGAGUUCUCUAUGUUACUGAAAAUUACUUAUGCUUUGAAAGUUCCAAAUCUGGUUCAUCUAAAAGAAAUAAAGUUAUAAAACUUUCAGAUAUAACAGAUAUUCAAAAGUACAAAGUACUUUCUGUUCUCCCAGGAUCUGGGAUGGGUAUUGCAGUAUCCACACCAUCUACGCAAAAACCGCUCGUGUUUGGUGCCAUGGUACACAGAGACGAAGCUUUUGAGACUAUUUUCUGCCAGUAUGUGAAGAUAACCUCUGCAGCAUCUGCCAGUGAAAGCUAGUAUAUCAUCCUUGCCGGGUUUUUAUAGGAAACAUCAUGAAUUUUACUCACCCAGUAGUGAAUAAAAAAGGUGGAACAUCCUUCAUCAUCAGUCCUGCAAUAGUUUUCUUUGUUGCAUAUAUAUGUCUUACAUUACAGAAAGUGUAUUUUAUUACAUGCCUUCCAUGGUUUCUGUUGGUUUUUAUUUACUGGUUUUUUUUUUGUAAUAAAAUAAAAGAACAGUGAAAAUGCUAUCGGCACUGUUAACCUUGCACAUUAAGCACUUUUAAUGUUUGUUCACUGACAUUAAAACGCUUAGGAAGAUUCUUAGUAAAACUAGCUUGAGGGGUAGGCCUUGUCCUAAUUAGACAUACCCUGAACUCUGCGGUUCAUCUGAUAUUUCUUUAGCUACGGGUUCUGCACACACCCACUGCACAAAUUCCAUUGAUUUCAGUGGCAUUAUGGUGCAAGUUUGUGAUUGAAUUUAGCAAAAACUGUCAAGAACAUGAUUCGUUUUCCUAAACGAGGUGUAAAUAAUAGUUGAAAGUAUGAGUAUUUGAAGCUGUGCUUCCGGAAAACGUUCAUACUGACUUCUGUAUCUUUUCAAAAGGCAUUUAUAGGUUUAGAGACAGUUGGGAGAUGCAAUUAAAUCUUCAGAUAGUCAGUGUGCACAUUUCUUCUCGGCCUACCUUACACAUCUUUCUUUGUCGUUAAUCUUAUGUCCCUGUGUUGACAUAACAAACGUUUCCAGUGUUUUCAAUAGCGAAGCAACUUUUUAGAAUUAUUUGGCAUGCUGCAUUAUCCUGUAUUUUCCUUAAAAUAUUGGAUAAACAUGAAGUUGAAAGUUAUCACAAAUGUGCCCAUUGGAGUGCAGGAGGAAUAAUGGGAAUAGUGUUGUAUCAAUGUACCACAAGCUCUGCACCCUUUGUAGUACUUUGAAAUGUCAUAUACUUAUAAAAAAGGAGUGCUACAACAUUGGAUUAACAUAAUUUUGAUGAAACCCCUGGAUCUUGCUGUUACCCUUGUAUGUGUCCAUGAUUCUUUUCCUUUGGUAUUUUAGUUUCUUGAGAGCUGUAGCCACACUUUUUGUAGUAAUUAACUUUGUGUGUGGUAGUCUUUAAUCAUGAAAAAGAAAUUGAGUAGAUGGUUAAAACUCCACAUGUUAAUUUAAUAUUUUAUAAAGGUGGCCGUGAUACAUUAAUUUUGGUUUCUUUUAUUUCAAAGCCAGUUUUUGAAGAGUGGAUGGUUCCUAACAGAGAAGCAGUAGAUCCUGGAAUCUAUUUUGUACUCCAAAUGAUCCCCUCAGUUACUUUUUAUUAUAUACGUAGAGUCAAUUGUUUACAAAUACGAUUGGAACUGUCAAAUAAGAAAAGAGAGAAUCCUUCUGUGCUAUGAACUAGUCUAUCCCAAGCCAAUCCCUUGUUUUACAUUAUGUUGUUGACUUUGUUACAUGCAUUUGCAUGUAACAUGUCACUGCUGUUAAGCUUAAUUAUUAUAACUUCAGAUGUCAUAAGAAGAUGGAAUUUUGCAAAAAAAAAAAAA